CGACAAAAACUUUACUACAGUUCGUUCAAUCUCUGUCGAAUCCCUUUCCAUUACCACUGACAAUCAAACAAAACAGUAAUAAGAAAAUAUCUCAAAAUCCAGAAAACAACAAUGAUUUAGGUUCAUAUAUUAUAAUCUUUGUCUCUCUCUCUCUCUCUUUUCCGCGUGGUGUGCGUGUUACUUCACCAGUGCUUUAACUUCAUAUGAAUCUCGAGUCAAUCCAUUCACUACCUCUCCUCACUCCCCAUCUCUAGCAGGUUAAAUUCUGAGAUUUGGAGUAGCAAAAGUAACAAAUCAUGGCAACACUUAAAGAUAUUGGUGUAGCAGCAGGGAUAAACAUCGUCACUGCAUUCAUUUUCUUCAUAAUCUUUGCUGUCCUGAGGCUUCAGCCAUUCAACGACCGAGUUUACUUCUCUAAAUGGUACCUCAAGGGGUUAAGAAGCAGCCCUGCAAGUGGAGGGUUUUUGAAUUUGGACGUGAGAGCAUACCUCAAGUUCUUGCAUUGGAUGCCUGAAGCUCUUAAGAUGCCUGAGCGUGAGCUGAUUGAUCAUGCGGGUCUAGACUCUGUUGUGUACCUCCGCAUCUACUUGCUUGGGCUUAAGAUUUUUGCACCAAUAGCAAUACUUGCAUGGGCAGUGCUUGUACCUGUCCAUUGGACUAACCACACGUUGGAGUUGGCUAAGCAGUUAAAGAAUGUAACUGCAAGUGAUAUUGACAAACUGUCAGUAUCAAAUAUCCCAUUGUAUUCAAAAAGGUUUGCCACUCAUAUUGUAAUGGCUUACGCCUUCACAAUCUGGACUUGUUAUAUGCUUAUGAAGGAGUAUGAGAUAAUUGCUAACAUGAGGCUUCAGUUUGUUGCCUCAGAAGCUCGUCGUCCUGACCAGUUUACUGUUCUUGUUAGGAAUGUUCCUCCGGACCCAGAUGAAACUGUAAGUGAGCUUGUGGAGCAUUUCUUCCUAGUCAAUCACCCUGACCACUACCUCACACAUCAGGUGGUAUGCAAUGCAAACAAGCUCGCUGAUUUGGUUGAUAAGAGGAAGAAGCUGCAGAAUUGGCUUGACUACUAUCAACUCAAAUACUCUAGAAACAACUCUCAGAUCAGACCAAUGGUGAAGCUUGGUUGCCUCGGCUUGUGCGGACAAAAAGUUGACGCAAUUGAACACUACAUGGCUGAAGUAGAUAAAACAUCUAAAGAGAUUGCUGAAGAAAGAGAGAAUGUGGUGAAAGAUCAAAAGUCAAUCAUGCCAGCAUCUUUUGUCUCUUUCAAGACCCGUUGGGCUGCUGCUGUCUGCGCUCAGACCACACAGACACGAAACCCAACAGAGUGGUUAACCGAAUGGGCCCCAGAGCCGCGUGAUGUGUUUUGGCCAAACCUUGCAGUGCCAUAUGUUUCUUUGACUAUAAGAAGAUUGGCAAUGAGUGUAGCCUUCUUCUUCCUCACCUUCUUCUUCAUCAUCCCUAUUGCAUUUGUACAAUCUCUUGCUACCAUUGAGGGCAUUGAGAAAGUUGCUCCCUUCUUGAGUGUCAUUAUCGAACAUGGCUUCGUUAAAUCGGUGAUAACAGGGUUGCUAUCUGGUCUUGUGCUGAAGCUUUUCCUCAUCUUUCUGCCAUCCAUACUGAUGACCAUGUCUAAGUUUGAAGGCUUUACAGCGAUUUCACUGUUGGAAAGACGUUCAGCUUCUAGAUAUUACAUAUUCAACUUUGUGAACGUCUUUCUUGCCAAUGUUAUCGCUGGAGCUGCGUUUGAGCAGCUCAACUCUUUCCUCAACCAGUCUCCAAAUCAGAUUCCUCAGACCAUUGGCGUGGCGAUACCGAUGAAAGCAACCUUCUUUAUCACAUACAUAAUGGUUGAUGGGUGGGCAGGAAUUGCAGGAGAGAUUCUCAUGUUGAAGCCUCUCAUUAUAUACCAUUUGAAAAACGCUUUCUUGGUGAAAACAGAGAAAGACAGAGAGGAAGCAAUGGACCCGGGAAGCAUCGGUUUCAACACAGGAGAGCCUCAGAUACAGCUUUACUUCCUUCUCGGUCUUGUCUACGCUCCUGUGACACCAAUGCUUCUUCCUUUCAUCCUAGUCUUCUUUGCACUUGCUUACAUUGUGUACCGUCAUCAGAUCAUAAAUGUGUAUAAUCAAGAGUAUGAGAGUGCGGCUGCGUUUUGGCCAGAUGUUCAUGGACGGAUUAUAACGGCAUUGGUCAUAUCUCAGUUGCUUCUGAUGGGUUUGUUGGUUACAAAGCGUGCUGCUUUAGCUGCGCCAUUUAUCAUCGCUCUUCCCGUGAUUACAAUCGGUUUCCACCGCUUCUGUAAAGGCCGUUAUGAGCCCGCCUUUGUCCGUUACCCCUUGCAGGAAGCUAUGAUGAAAGAUACGUUGGAAAGAGCAAAAGAGCCGAACUUGAACCUGAAAGGCUACCUGCAAGAAGCUUAUAUUCAUCCUGUUUUCAAAGGCGGUGAUGGUGAUGAUGAUGAUGACAGUGUGCUUGGGAAGUUGGAGGGUGAAGUCAUCAUAGUGCCAACGAAGCGCCAGUCGCGGAGGAACACUCCGGCCCCAAGCAGGAUCAGCGGCGAAUCUUCGCCGUCUUUGGCCGUCAUUAACGGGAAAGAAGUCUAG